AGGCUCUGCACCAUCCUCUUCUUGAUGACCCUGGCUGCUCUUGCUGGCGCCUACUGCGGGACCUCGCUGCUCGUGUGGAUGCUGGAGGCAAAGAAUGUGCCGCAGCUGCUGCUGGGGCAGCCUGCUGCUGACCUGAGGUCCCUGCGGAGCGUGCUGGCUGUGUGGGGGCAACAAUCCCAAGAGGUGCAACAGCUGAGGGAUGAGGUGGCGCGCCUGGCUGCGGAGAUGGGUGCUGUGAAGAAGGAAGCUCGGCAAAUGAGAGAGGCAAUGUCUGCAAGCACGCAGAUGUCCGACUGGGCUCUGAAACGCGCAGGGGCUGCCAUCGACCUGCAGAGAUCGUCCAGCAGCUCUGCAUGGCUCUGCAAGGUGUUCUGGUUCCUGUGUUCUCCGCCCCUUGUGGAUACCUUUGUGCAGCCGGAUGCUUCCCCGGGUUACUGCUGGCCUUUCCAAGGGUUUCGGAGUGAGGUGCUGCUCCGGCUGCCCACAGAAGUACGACCGAAGGCCAUCACCAUAGAGCACACCUCCAAGACAGCCUCUCCGCUGGGGACUGUGCGCAGUGCCCCCCGCGAUUUCACUGUCUACGGACUGGAUGAGGAAGGCAAGGAGGAAACUCUGCUGGGGACGUUCACCUACACGGUGCAGAAAGGGCCGACCCAGACCUUCCCUCUGCAGAAGGGGAUCCCCAGAGCCUUUCGGUUUUUGAAGCUUGGCAUACAGAGCAACUGGGGAAAACCGGGGUACGUCUGCAUUUAUCGAGUGCAGGUGUGUGGGAAGAUGGUGGGAACAAACGCCAUCAGCGUGAGCCAUGUGGAGACCUUCCCUCCGUAAGAAAUAA